CAGCCACAAAGAAACCCAUAUCAGAAGCCGUUCAUAACUUCCCUUCACAUGCCAUACAAAUACAAUAUUGUAUCAAUAUCGAUACAAUGAAAUCGAUCACGUUUUUCCAAAUCUGAAAACGGGAUCCAAAAUUCAAGACAAAUUAUCACCAACCCCAAAGCUAAUCUGGCGUAAUCGUGGAGUUGGACAGGCGUUUUGUCUUCGAAUCCACUGAAUGAGAGAGUGAAAAAGAUGCGUGUCGCUAUAGAGAAUAUUUUGUGGCCACUCCCGUUGAGCUGACAUAAUUUUCAAAAGCCAUGGAGAUGGUCUUCUGUUCACAGAUUCUCAGUUAAUUUCAGCCGCACAACCCAUUUCCCAUCUCCGAUUCCCCCAAUUGUGGUUCCAAUUUCAGUCUCUCCCAAUCAAAACCCUCUCUCGAUUUUCCUUCACUCUUUCGGUCACCCCUCUAUUACAGGGAAACAUCAUCUGGGUCUCCCUGAUUUUCUACUCCCUCUCUUGGGUUUCGUCUGUUCUUCAGUUUUCUCGAUUGGGUCCGCUUCAUUUCCUUUCUGAAGGACAGACAAAUAUUUCAGAAAUGGCGUCUUUAGGGUCUCUGUCUUUCACAGAGAGCACAAUGUUCAUUCUUAGUAAGAAGUACCACCGGAAUUUCUCUCCACUUAGGCAGCCGAGUCAGAAUCAGGGGGUUUUCUGUGACAAAAUGGUUGCAACUUCGAGGAGUGGGAAAUGGCAAAUGUGGAGGGCUGGGCCGAUUGUCCAAGCAACAACUUCGGGUUCGCAAACCAGUGAUGAUUCUGACGAUGCCAUUCAGGCCACCAUUGAAAAGAGCAAGAAGGUUCUUGCAAUGCAAAAGCAGCUACUCGAGCAGAUUGCAGAGAGAAAGAAAUUGGUUUCAUCCAUAAAAAGUACUUCUCUUGAUUCUGAGGAAGAGCAAGAUUCAUAUGAACAAAUGGAUAGCUCAUUCCCCAAUCCUGAUUUUCAUUCACGGGAUGAUAAAAUUACUGUUGAUGGUUUGAAUGGAAGUAGUCCAUCCGUCAGUACUGGCAAUGUAGCUGUAAGAGAGCAACUGGAUGCUGAUGCUCUACUGUCUUCUUCCAGUACGUCUUAUGAUAACAAUUACAAGAUGCAAGUUGUAGAUCUUAAAAGGACAAUAUCUACUGCAGAUCCCAAAAAUCAACUGAAACGCAGUUCAGAUACAAAAUCUUCUGUUGUUAUUCCAGAUCCCAAAGAUCAGCUGAAAGGCAGUUCACAGGCAACAUAUUCUGAUGUUCUUCCAGAUCUCAAAGAUCAGCUGAAAGGCAGUUCAAAGAUCAAAUCUUCUGAUAUUAUUCCAGAUCCUAAAGAUCAGCUGAAAGGCAGCUCAAAGACAAAAUCUUCAGAUUUUGUUCCAGCGUUUCUUUCCAGUAAAUCUUUGUAUUCCACCGUAAAAGAGGGAAAUAAUGGACAGCCAAGUGAACCAGCUUUGAAGGUUGAUGGUGAUGCUGUUGAAACUGCAAGUGUGGAUGUUGAGCCUCCUCCUUUGGCUGGGGCUAAUGUUAUGAAUGUCAUAAUAGUUGCUGCAGAAUGUGCUCCAUGGUCAAAGACUGGCGGGCUUGGAGACGUCGCCGGCUCUUUACCGAAGGCUUUGGCUCGCCGUGGGCACAGGGUGAUGGUUGUAGUACCUCGAUAUGAAAAUUAUGCUGAACUCCAAGAUACCGGUGUUCGGAAAAGAUAUAGAGUGAAUGGACAGGAUCAUGAAGUUGUAUACUUUCAAAAAUAUGUAGAUGGAGUUGAUUUUGUCUUUAUUGACAACAGCAUAUUUUACUACAGGGAGCAGAAUAUAUAUGGUGGAGACCGUCUGGAUAUAUUGAAGCGAAUGGUACUAUUUUGCAAGGCAGCUGUUGAGGUUCCCUGGCAUGUGCCAUGUGGUGGUGUAUGUUAUGGAGAUGGGAAUUUAGUUUUCAUUGCAAAUGAUUGGCAUACUGCAUUACUGCCAGUGUAUUUGAAGGCCUAUUAUAGAGACAAUGGUAUGAUGAAAUUCACAAGAUCCAUCCUUGUAAUCCACAACAUAGCUCAUCAGGGUCGGGGACCGGUUGAUGAUUUUUAUCAUGUGGAUCUUCCGGAACACUAUGUGGAUCUUUUCAAGUUGUAUGACCCGGUUGGUGGCGAACACUUCAAUAUCUUUGCGGCCGGUUUAAAGACAGCAGAUCGAGUGGUCACGGUUAGCCAUGGAUAUGCUUGGGAGCUUAAAACAUCUGAAGGAGGCUGGGGUUUACAUGGAAUCAUCAAUGAGAUUGACUGGAAGAUGAGGGGCAUUGUAAAUGGGAUUGAUUCAGAAGAGUGGAGUCCACAGUAUGAUGUUCACCUCACAUCAGAUGGUUACACAAACUACUCCUUAGAAACACUUGAAACGGGCAAGCCCCAAUGCAAAGCAGCUCUGCAGAAGGAGCUCGGGUUGCCCAUUCGUGAGGACGUACCUUUGAUUGGUUUCAUUGGGAGACUAGAUCAACAGAAAGGAGUUGAUAUAAUAGCUGAGGCCAUUCCAUGGAUGAUGGGUCAGGAUGUCCAACUGGUCAUGCUGGGCACUGGCAGGCAGGAUUUAGAACAAAUGCUCCGUGACUUCGAGAACCAACAUCGUGACAAGGUUCGGGGAUGGGUCGGCUUCUCCGUCAAGAUGGCGCACAGAAUAACUGCUGGCAUAGACAUCUUACUCAUGCCAUCAAGAUUUGAACCCUGUGGAUUGAACCAACUCUAUGCCAUGAACUACGGCACAAUACCAGUUGUGCAUAAAGUUGGGGGACUAAGAGAUACUGUGACACCAUUCGAUCCGUUCAACGAAUCAGGACUUGGGUGGACGUUCGACAGCGCCGAGGCUAACAAGCUAAUACACGCAUUAGGGAACUGCUUACUGACGUACCAACAAUACAAGAAGAGUUGGGAAGGACUGCAGAGGAGAGGGAUGGGGCAAGACUUGAGUUGGGACCAUGCUGCUGAAAAGUAUGAGGAAGUGCUAGUGGCUGCAAAGUACCAAUGGUGAGUAAAUGAUGGUUUUUGAUGUCUAUAUUAAACCCUUUCUUUUGAGUCUUUCAAGUUAUCAGCCUAAUGUGUAUUUUAUUUUGGUGCCUGAGUUUAAAAUGAUAAUCACUACUGCACCAUUUUAGGCAAAUGUUGUUGUGCUAUAAUAAGGUUCUUUUACUUGUAACUAAGUGUAGAAAUUUAAUGCUAUUUAGAGCUUUUAAUUUCUUGUCCAACAUGAAGGUACAAAAUAUGAAAUUCCAAUUGAGUAAACUUUUUUGGAAUGC